AGCAAUAGUCCAGACGAAAUGUACAACAAUCAAAGAAUUAUUCAACUGGACACAGCCCAGUGGAACAGUUCAGGUCAACCGCGACUAUGAAGUCGUUCAUCCAAUCAUGAAGUUGAUAUUUACAUUUCCGGAAGGCAUCCAAACGAGUCACCAUCCGUCCCCGGGAAAAUCGUAUAAAGGCGGCACGUUCAACGGAUAUUUGGCCAACAACAGUGAGGGCUUGGCAGUAUGCAUGGCGUUGAAGGCGGAGUUCAGUACAGGACGGAUGUUCACUGUUGGGAAGAAUGGGAAAAUUGUCCCAAAUGGGGUCUCAUUGUACGAUCAUGCAGUGUAUGAAUACAGUGAACUAGUUGGAUUAACUGGAAGUAAACGUGCCUCCUACGUUGCAUACAUUCAGAAGGUGAAAGCGGAGCUUGCAGACAAGGGCAUAACAGAGGCCGGCACAGAUCAGAUGAAACAUCUUGAAGAAACAGUAACUGUCGAUGGACUAGCUUUGCUCCAAGCUGCACUAAGUUCUUAAAGGAGCUGAUGGUGGGGUUGGCGGACUAGGUCAUCACAGAGGCGAAUGUAGAUCCUAAAGGACUUUUCAAAAGAGACAUUUUCGGUCGAUUGUCCGAAUCUUUCCUAACAUUACUGUUGUGGAAUUUCUCUCUCCCCAUGAUAUGUUGUUGGAACACAUUACGUGCAUUGUCAACUGUGUUGUACAGAGUUGUUCCUUAUAUUAUAAACAGGGUGUGAUAACUUUUUUUUAUAUCUGUGACAAAGUUCUGCAUUUUUAGAUUAUUUUACUUGUCGGGUGAUAAACGUUCAAAUGAGUAACAUUCAGAAAGCAGUUUAAAAAAUAAUUUCGAAUUUGUUUGGUAAAGAUAGCAAAACAAACAUCAGAAAACAUAAGCUAAUCAUGAAGAUAUUCCUCGUGUCCAUUCAAACGAUUUGCAUCGUAAUAUUUGUUUUGAUUAAAAAUAAAAGGUGCAUUCAUAUUAGCAUUUUCAAAACAUCUA